CUGCGACAGAGAGCCAUGAACCACCCCAGACACAUGGGCAAGAUAAAGAAGAGGCUGGAGGAUAUCAAGAACCAGUCCCUGAAGUUGACAAAAGCGGACUUCAGCCACAACGAAAGCAUCAGAUUGGCCACCGACGCCUUCUUGGAUGGUGGGACAGACUCUUACCUGGAAACUCUAAGCAAAGAGGGUGAGGUGGAUUUCCUCUCCUCGGUGGAGGCUCAGUACAUCAAGGAUAACGCCCGCGAGUCCUACUAUGCACAGGAGUCCCCGGGCGCCGACGGGGCAGCCGCGCCGAAGCAGAACGACGCCGGCUCGCUGCCGUCGGGGACCUACUUCCCCACCAUUUCUGACAGCAGCGAGCCGGCUCUGCUCCACACAUGGAUUACUGCAGAGAAACCCUAUUUGAAGGAAAAAUCCACGGCCACUGUGUAUUUCCAAACAGAGAAGAACAGCAACAUUAGAGACAUCAUACGCCGCUACAUCCACAAGACCACUCAGGUGUUGGCCAUUGUGAUGGAUGUGUUCACAGACACUGAGAUUCUCUGUGACCUGCUGGAGGCAGCCAACAAGCGCAUGGUCUUUGUUUACCUGCUGCUCGAUCACAGCAGCGUAGAUCUCUUCUCGGAGAUGUGUGACAAGCUGCAGAUUUCUGAGGAUCUCUUCAAGAAUAUUUCAGUCCGCAGUGUUACUGGAGAGGUUUACUGUGCCAAGUCAGGCAGGAAAUUUUCAGGAAAAAUUCAAGAAAAAUUUCUUAUCUCUGACUGGAGAUAUGUGCUUUCUGGAUCUUACAGCUUCACGUGGCUCUGUGGCCAGGUGCACCGCAACCUCCUCUCCAAGUUCACGGGCCAGGUUGUGGAGCUGUUUGACGAGGAGUUCCGGCACCUGUACGCGCUGUCCAAGCCCGUGCGCGGCCCCCGGACGCCGCCGCGCAGCCUCCCGUUCCUGUUCAGCCGGAGCUGGGCGCCCCCGCGCAGCCUCCCCUACAGCGAGCAGGGCAGCGCCAACACCCUGUCCGACUUCAGCAGCCUCUCGGCCGGCAGCGCCCACCAGAGCAAGCAGGGCCCCAGAACGCUCAUGUUCAACAGCAACUUCAGCCCCCAGUCACCUCUGCAGCGAGUCAAUUCCUUCCACAGCUACAUGUCCUUCACUCCGCCCCCUCCGCAGCCUCCACAGCAGGCCAUCCAGCCUAACUACUACCAGCCGCACUACAUGGCCACCGAGAACGCCACCGCUCCCUAUAACAACAUGAACAUGAACAUUUACAGACCUAUAAGGCUCAGGCAAGAGGAACCGAACAGGACGGGGUUAAGCUCAUCCUGGAGAUGCCUCCACAAAGCUAACCUGUUUGCAUAA